CCACCACCCUUCUAUCAAACAUCACACCGCCAAUACACCAGCAACUGAAUGUCGAAUGGCUGUUACCGUUCUUUAGUUGAAGGCAAAAUUUUACCUGGAGAGAAAAGGCUGUAUUCAUAUUAUAACUUUUGAGAUGUUUUAUAGCUAGCGUUCAAAUUAUUGUUUUUAUUAUUGUUAGUCAUUGUUUUAUUCACUGAAUCUCGUGUACAUUCUAAAGGAGACCAGAGUUAAGUAUUCCCGCCAUGGCGUCAAGCAAUGUCCAGCUACCAAAAAUGACCGAAGGCUACCUGGGUCCUCAGGCCAAGUUCGAGUCGUACGGUCUCAGCCUCGUCUCCCACGGCCACCCCGUCAUCUACAUGCAAGAUGACCAGCCGGAAGUGGAGAUCAUCCUGGGCACCCAGCCCGGCACGAGAAUCACCAUCAAACUCUUGUCCUACGAGCGGAAACAAGAAUGCACGGAGUACUGUUUAAUCCGCGCCCUGGGUCCCAACUAUCUCUUCCUCAUCCGCCCGCCCCUCCCGGGGUUUUAUAAAUUCCAGAUCUACGCCCUACCCAAAGACGAAGCGGGUCCCCAAAUGCUGGGGGUCUACAACUACUUGAUCUACUGCCCCGGGUCUUUCGGGAACAACCCGUUCCCCAAGCAAUACCCGCCCUGGAAGGACGGAUGUUACCUGUACGAGCCAAUCUCCUUGCCUAAAGGCAUCAGAGAGCCUAUGGUGAGAUUCAAGCUGCUGAUCCCAAAAGCCAGGGACGUACAGGUGAAGGUGGCUGAGGAAUGGAACCCCUUGGAGCAGACCCAGCCAAACCUUUUUGAGGGUCUUGUUGACUUUAGUCAGGGUUAUCCCCCCGGGUCCAAGGCUAAAAUUAACUGUAAAUUCGGUGGUAACAAUUACAGCACCUUAUUGGAGUAUUCUCUUUAAACUGUUUUUUGAAUGUGUUUAAAUGUAUUUAUUUGCUUGGUAACUAUUUCUGAUGACCUCGGUAGUGAAGUAUCUGUUUACUGUGAUGCUAUUCCAAUCAAUCAAUUUUCUUUUUUUUAAAUUUAGUUUAUUUUCUGUUUCUAUUUGAACCAUUGCGUAAAUUAAUAUAAUAACUUAAUAAAUUAUUUUACUGAAUUUAAUAUUAC